AUGGAUAGCAAAGCUAUUGCGGAGAGAAUCAAGAAGCUUCAAGCUCAACAAGAGCAUGUCAGAAUCGGAGGAAAGGGAACUCCACGCAGAAAGAAGAAGGUCAUCCAUAAGACCGCUGCUGCUGAUGAUAAGAAGCUUCAAAGUAACUUGAAGAAACUCUCCGUCACCAACAUUCCAGGAAUCGAGGAGGUCAACAUGAUCAAGGACGAUGGAACUGUUAUCCAUUUCAACAACCCCAAAGUCCAGACCUCCGUUCCAGCCAACACCUUCUCUGUCACCGGAUCCGCUGAUAACAAGCAAAUUACUGAGAUGCUCCCAGGAAUCCUUAAUCAGCUCGGUCCAGAGUCCCUCACCCACCUUAAGAAACUUGCCAACAACGUCACCAAGCUCGGACCAGACGGAAAGGGAGAUGAUGAAGAUGUGCCAGAGCUUGUUGGAGACUUCGACGCCGCCUCCAAGAACGAGACGAAGGCCGAUGAGCAAUAA